CUUUGAACAAAUACACACUGUCAUAUCAGUGUUGUUUUAAAGCUCCGAAGUCCUGCAAGUCUAAGGUUCAUAUUACUUGUUUUACAUAGCAGGAACUUGUUUUUCAGGACGUGAGUAAAAAAAAGGAAACUCAAAAAGGUCAAAUGAAGUUUGUGAACUUGCACAUCCCAUCAUUCAGUAAUCAUGUCUUCGACAACCAAAGAUGACAUUUUUGCAUAUGCACUUUCCAAGACUCUGACCAAAGUUUCAUCGCCUGCAACUGUCGGACUCUACUCUUCAUGUGGGAGUAGAAUUAGAAGAAUCCUUGAAAAGAUGGAAGUGUACAUGUCGCAGGAAGCGUUGAGGAUUGAAGGGAACUACAAAGGGAAACAUCAGCCUCGUUCAGUUAAACCUUCACUUUCUGGCAUGUUAAUGCUAGUUUGGCGGUUGCUAUUCCACAAGCCCAUUUGGACCCAUGAGAAUCAGGACCAUCAUAAUGUCCGUUUCAUCAAUGUGAAUUUCAGUGCCUGGCACUUUGCAGGCAGUGACCUGCUGUGGGCCGGGCUUGCCAUACGACUCUUUCAAGCAAUGCAAAUACAUUUUGGGAAAUUACAGUUUGUGUUAUACCAGGUGGCCCAACAUGAUGUCGACGAUGAAAUUAAAAAGAAGAUAGUGGUGGAUGGCCCUCAUCACUGGAGGUCAAAGAGGAUUUGUUGUUGUCCUCUGUGGUUUCUCGUCCUGCUCAGUCUACUGGUACCAAUAAUAAUCCUAACUUACAUUUUAAUGGUUGAACUACCAAAACAUGUGGGAAAAGCAACAGCAAAAGUCAAUGGAACAACCAGCCACGUCAGUGUACUGGAAGGCCUGAUCAUAGCUUCAUUUGGAGUUCCAGCUGCCAACGCACUAAGGUUUGUCUUCCUGAUAGGCAAAAACCUUAUUUUCAACCAAGAGCUCAACAUAAAAAAAGCCAUGGACAACGAGCGGGUCAGCAGCAAGCUGGGUUUCAUGAAUGAUGUGAGGAAAGAAAUGUGGCUUUUGUCUCGCUUUGUCGAGUUCAUGGAGGUGUUUGAGAGGAGAAGAAUCAGAGUGGUAUUAAGAAUCACCAAUCUUGAUCGCUGCUCACCCCCAAAAAUUGUUGCCGUUUUAGACGCUAUCAAUAUUCUCCUGUCAGAUGAAGACAGCCCAUUUAUUUCAGUUCUGGCUAUAGACCCAGAUAUUAUCAUACAGAAGGUCAACUCUGCAGAUAGCUGCUUUUGCAAAGAAGACAGGGCUUAUGCGCUGUUAAACCGUAUUGUUACUCUGUCCUUCAGCGUUCCACCUCUUUGUGAAGAUUCAAAGCUCAGUUUAUUUCACCGCUUGGCUAGCAAUUCAAAAUACCUUGAAGACGGAAGCAUGGGUGAAGAUAAACAUAUAACUGCAGGCAUUAAAAAAACCUCUUUGUCAGAUUUAUCUUCAGUGGUUUUAUUUGAGACAAAUGAGGGAAUUCCACUAAUGGAUAAAACAGUUGAACUCAAUGUAACGGAUGCAGAAAUUGAAAAUUGGGUUAAAAACACCCUUGCCACCAAUGAAAGAAAGUUAAAUGAGUACAUUUUAGAUGACUCUAUGUCAAUGAGAAGAGUGAUCAACUCUAUUCGAGUCACUGUCAUUAUUAUGAAGGCCUUAAAGACAGAGCUCCCUCAACCUGACCUCAUAGCAUCCUGGGUGGUUCUGGCCAAUCACUGGCCCUGCAGACUCAGUUGGAUCAUCCAAUGUGUGGAGGAUGCUCAGCAGAGAGACUAUAUUGAUCGUAACGAGCAGUCUGAAUCUGAUGAUUCCAAGAGCUUGUGGAAGGUUUUCUCUGAGUCAAGGGCAGAGCUUUACGUGAUGCGUGCUCAGAUUGAAGACCUACUUGAACAGGACGGAGACCCUGAAAUGUUUGAGAGAUUCCUAAAGGUAGACUUCCACUUCACAAUUAAAGAUUUGAAGGCACUCAACAUGGUCACCGUGAACCUAAACCAUUCAAUUAAGAAAGAGUUGGCUCUGAUAAGAGGUACAUCCAGGCUGAAGAAUUCUGGAUGGAUGAGGACCUUUGCUCCUUUGCCAGUCACAGCGCUAAUCAAUAUGGAUUCAGAGGAUAUUUGUAAAGAGCUGGAAAAUAUGGAAUAUCCAAGAAAAUACGCUGGUAUUGUAAAAAGCAAUCACAUCACUGGCUCAGCUCUGGUAUUUGGAGACCCAGACGAUAUUAAGAAACUACUGAACAUGACCUUUGGAGAAUGGACAACUUUCAGACUUCGCUUCCUGGGAUUACCACUACAUCUGCAGCUACAACCCAAGAAUGUGCAUAACCUUCAAAGGCACCCAUCUAGACUUCACCUAUAUGGUUCUCAUCACUCCUUAUCAAAACACCAUUCAACUGUUAGCUAGUAAGCCGGCACUCAUACCCCUAAAAUAUUUCCCAGGAUAUACAGUAUCUAACAAAAUACGCAGUUUAUAUUACUCUAGGGUAGUAUCACAUUCCAUGCACUUUACUACUCAAAAGUACACAGUUUAGUACCUUGUCUAAAAAAAAUGUGUAUGCUUCACUUGUACUGAAAAUCCAUAUCUCAGGACAUUGGUGAUCUGAGUAAAUGUGGUUAGAGGUUAGGUUUGUCAGUUGCCACGUUUACAUGGAGCCAAAUAUUCCAAUUACAAUCGGAAUAUUUGUUCAAACCGAAUAAAUGUGUUCCAUAUAAACACCUCAUUCGGAAUGAACAGGCCCAAACCGAAUGGAAUUUCAUUCCGUUUCACAGGGGUGGAAUAUUCCUUUUCCCAAACCGAUUAGAAGUAAAAUUAUAUCAUGUAAACAGGGAAGCGGAAUGGUGUCUGGUUGCGUUCUUUCUGCACAUGCGCCGUACUGACGUG